AUGGCAACGGCCGUAGCUAACCAAGGCCAUGUUCAAUUGCAGUCCGUUUGCCAGAAUUGCGGUACUUCGAAGACCCCGUUAUGGCGUCGAGACGAGAUGGGCUCGGUGCUCUGCAACGCCUGUGGCCUCUUCCUUAAGCUCCACGGACGGCCACGGCCUAUGAACUUGAAGACAGACGUGAUAAAGAGCCGCAAUCGGGUGAAAACUUCGGGCCAGGGCCCAAAACGAAAGGCCAAUACCGACGCCAAUAAUCAAGCCACUCCAAGAUCAGAUGGCACUACGCCCUAUGGCUAUGCGCGUGCUUCAAGAAAGCUCUCCCCUGGUCGUUCUGAUGGCUCAAACUCCCCAGUCUCACGAACGGAUACGCCUAAUUUCCAUGGCUCAACCAGUAUCCCUCCCCACAAUAUGUUUGACAACGUCGGACUUUCAGACCCGAACUUUAACCCAUCGGGAAACUUUGCUUCAUUACAGCUGCAACACCCGUCUCCAGGAUCAACAUCUUCUAACGAACGCCAUCUUGACGGGCCCCAGACUUACGAAAGUUUAGUUGCAGCAAACACGUCCCUAAAGACUAGGGUCAAUGAGCUAGAAUUGAUAAACGAUCUCUUUCAAGACUCAGAAUCUCGUCUACGACAGUCACUUAAAGAAGCACAAAAGCGAGAAGAGGACCUAAAACGCAGGAUAAGCGAGCUUGAGGGUCGCUUAUCCGGACAAGAACAGGCUCAAUCCAAGGGUGAGCCCGCAGAACCCCAAGCUAAACGGUGUCGACUUUCCGACUCUUCAGUGAAGGCUGAAAUCGACAACAAAUCUUCGGCGGACGUCUAG